AUGUUCAUAGUUGUCUUGAGACCUGUCGCCUUGUAUGGCGGUUUAUCUCUCUCUCUCUCUCUCUCUCUCUCUCUCUCUCUCUCUCUCUCUCUCUCUCUCUCUCUCUCUCUCUCUUUUUUUUUUUUUUUUGUGCUGCCUGCCCCACCUUUGCUUCGGUUCUCAAAUUCAAACGCACUUUGCGCUCCCGCGCCUGAGGCCCUCUUUUGCACCGCUUUGUGCUCCCGUUCUCUUCUCACUUUUGCUUUCGGGCUCGGCAUGAGACACGUUGACGUGCCAGAUUCAAUCAAGCGCUCAAGCGACACGGACUUGCUCCGUGACGCCUUUGUGGAGGGCCUGCAAGUGUCCACCGAAAACUUGAGUGCCGUGUCCGAACCAGUCGACAUUGAGCUGUCACCAGAAACUCGUCUCUCCGAGUCUCUGGCUGGUGUUACCCCUACCCCUGUUCCCAACCCCGCCACCGUCACACCCGUGCCCGUCAGCAUCAUGGCCGUUCCCCCAUCCGCCACCGGUCCCAACGGUGCUGUCUCAUCAGCCCCGCCAUCUGGUAAUGUGAUGGCCCCGACCGCCAUCCACGCCAAUUCUGGCUCGUCCCACCAUCGCAUGGUGCAAGGAGGUUGGCACGAUGACAUGGCCGUCCUGACAGCAGCCGCUCAGGCCCUCGAAGACAAGGGGUUUGACGCAGCUGGAACCCAUGGUCAAGGCUCUCACUGGGGCUAUCGUUCUGAGCCAGCCUCGGCUCACACCUCGCGUGCUGCUUCCCCCACCGUCCAACUUUUGGGCCUGCCUGAGGAAGCCCUCGUUAUGGCCAUGACCGAGGCUUGCCGCCACGGGCAGCCCAAGCCCACCAAGGCCACCAUUCGCGUACCCGCCCGCGCCGUGCGGCUGUUGCUGAAAAGUGGCUCCAUGCUCAAGGCCUUUCAACAGCACACUCAAGUCAGCUUUGUGACAUGCUGCUCAGAGACCCACCCCACCGACGGUGUGGCUGAAAUUCUGGUGCGGGGUACCCGCGAUGCCGUCGUCCACGCUACCGCAGCCAUGGAGCACCUGGGCAAGGUCAUUCUCCCUCGCCUCGAAGCAUCGAUGCGUAAUGUUGGAUACGGUCCCGGCGCCGGUGCCAAUCCCUCAGUGCACGUGGCCGAGGAGCCCUACGAUGAUCACGUUGGUGUUGCCCACGCAAAUGCUGGUCACGAGAAUCCCAACGGCAGUCACAAUCACAACCACGGCCACGGUCCCAACAGUCACUAUCGCCGCCAGUCCAUCUCUGCGCCCAUGUCACCGGCUGCCACUCGCUCGGCCCACGACUCGCGCGUUCCAUCCUCGUCUGUGCCACAGUCACCGCGCCUCAGCCGUCGCUCCGCUUCCACCCAGUCCAUCUUUGGCCCCACCACCACUACCCCCGAAGACGUGGGUGACAUGAAGGCAUUUGUUUUCAUCGACAACUCGAACAUUUUCAUCGGUGCUCAGCUUGAUGGCAACGUGCGUGAUCUUGCCGUCCGUGUCAACAUUCGGACGCUUUGCGAGGUCGUGGAGGGAGGUCUGCCUUGUGCUUACCGAGCUGUCACUGGCACCGCUGCUGCCAACUCGCGCAUUUGGCACGAGUGGGAAAACAACGAGUAUCAUGUCUUCCUCUCCAGUCGGCAGGGUGGCAGCGAUGACGCGCUUCACGCCGCCAUCUCCGAGCAGCUUCGCAUUCAUCACCACCAACCGCAGAUCCUGGUCCUGGCAACGGGUGAUGGCAACGAGUCGGGACAGUACGGCUCGUUCCCCCAACUCGCGGAGACGGCCUUGCAAGCCGGCUGGGACGUACGCAUCUGGUCCUGGGAGCAAUCGCUCAGCGGCAAGUUUCGCGACCUCAUCGCGCGCUACGCCGAGCGCAUCAAGAUCUCCUUUUUGGACCCUUUCAAGCAGCACAUCACGUUCAAGGCCGGUCAAAGCCCCAACAACAGCCCACGCUCCCGUCGUCGCAUGUCUGUGCCCGACGAUCCCGCGGUCUACCUUCUGGCUCGCGGCGCACCGUACGCCGCUAUGCCCCCGGGUAGCGGUGGUCCCGGUAUGCACGGCCCACCCACGGUGUGGCGCGCAGGCAGCACCGGCAACUUGGCGGCGCCAUCAAUGACACGUCGCAACCGUCACUCGUUUGACCUGUCCACCCUACGCCAGGACAUGCCCACCUUUCCUGCCCCCUCACAGUCAGCUGCGCAGGGACGCAACGGCGGCUGGGGUCAACCCACCCCCAACAUGGGCCAACCCCCGGGUGGUGUUGCUUGGGUUUCCAUGGGCACGGUGCCUGAGCGUGAUGACCUAGCGCAUCCUCCCGCGAGCGGAUGGAACAAGGGUAUUUGGUAAAUGAAGUCAGCAAUCGUUGGCUGAGCAAGGACUCGCCUUGUUCACCACGAGUAUCUCGAAGAAACGAAACCCAUCAAGAAAAUGUUCAAAAACGAAAUAAAACAAAACAAAUGAAGAACAUGAGCAACAGCUCGAGCAACCAGGAUCAGCAACUGCGCGGACGGCGCUUAGCAAGCCGUUUUCUUUUCAUCACCACUCCUUUUACCUGGUCUCCGGGAGCUUCAUUCUUCCUGAAGUUCGCGUGUCUGUUCGUCAUGUGCCGACAACCUCUCUUUUAGGUUAGAGAAGCGAUUCGACAAUGCAAUGUUACCUACCUCCUUGUUCAUGGAUACGGCUAUGGAUAUGUGCCUCCCCCCUCCUCCCACAUUCUUUUUUU